UCGAUUAACUGACGCUUUCCGCAUCAAAUUGCAUCAGAAUCGAAGCGCUCAGUCGCGAAACAUGGACGCCAGAUUCACUUUGUUUGUGGUAUUUGCUGUUGCAUUUCUAAAGAACACAUUAAGUAUCUGUGACAGUAGGGCAUGGAUUAAGACAAGAAGCAUGGGAUACUUGAUUGACGAUAGAGCUGUAUGUAUUUCGACAUGUGCUGAGGACAUAUGCAUGGCUUCUUGCAUCGCACCGGAAUGUGUCGCGAAGUGCUCGGGACUGAUGUGUAGUGCAAGGGUAAGUUGUGAAGGCGACGGGUGUAAUGCAACAUGUAACGGUCUCAGAUGUACCGCAACUUGUAAGGGCGUCAGAUGUUUUCAAUCGGCGGCCUUAUGGUAAAUAAUGAUACCAGAAGCGGUAUCAUGGUCGCAUUUUUAUCACCUGUCAUGCCAUGCGUCACUUUCGCACUUACAUAUUGGUUAGAACGUGACAGGCCUACAAGUUUACUUAAAAUAUACUUAUUACUUUAAUAA